AUGUCAAGUGGUGGGAUGAAGUCGUUUUUGCUGAGCCUGUCUCGGAGGAAGCCCCUGGAGCCCGACGGCGAACAGUCCACAUUUAACCGAUGCCUAACCACCCUGGACUUGGUGGCCCUCGGUGUGGGCAGCACCCUGGGAGCUGGGGUCUAUGUCCUCUCUGGAGAGGUAGCCAGAGCCACCGCCGGACCCAGCAUCAUCAUCUCCUUCUUCAUCGCUGCCCUGGCCUCCAUAUUUGCCGGGCUGUGCUAUGCAGAGUUUGGGUCUCGGGUUCCCAAAACGGGCUCAGCAUACCUCUACAGCUAUGUGACUGUGGGAGAGCUGCUGGCAUUUAUCACUGGAUGGAAUCUGUUGCUCUCCUACGUCAUAGGGACAUCUAGUGUUGCUCGGGCAUGGAGCGGCACUUUUGAUGACCUUAUCGGAGAUGUCAUGGCCACGUACUUAGGAAAACACGUUGCCAUGGGCUUACCUGGCCUGGCACCAUACCCAGACUUUUUUGCUGCAGCUCUUAUCAUGCUUCUGGCAGGCCUGCUAGCCUUUGGAGUAAAAGAGUCAACAACAAUCAACAAGAUCUUCACAGCAAUCAACAUCCUGGUGCUGGUGUUUGUCAUCCUGUCUGGCUUCAUCAAGGGAGACAUCUCCAACUGGAACAUCAGCACAGAGGCUGUGCUGAACGCAACAGCAGAACUCAAAAACCUGACCUCCACAGCCAAUCUGACUAGUGAGUAUGGAGUCGGUGGAUUUUUCCCCUACGGCGUUGAUGGGACCCUGGCUGGAGCUGCGACGUGUUUCUAUGCUUUUGUUGGAUUUGACUGCAUCGCCACAACUAGCGAGGAGGUCAAGAAUCCCCAAAAGUCGAUUCCCCUGGGCAUCGUGGCCUCACUGCUCAUCUGUUUCCUGGCCUACUUUGCUGUGUCUGCUGCUCUCACCCUGAUGAUGCCCUAUUACAUGCUUAAUGUCCAAAGCCCUCUGCCAGUGGCCUUUGAAUACAUCGGCUGGGGUCCCGCCAAAUACGCCGUGGCUGUGGGAUCGCUUUGUGCCCUUUCUACAAGCUUGCUGGGCUCCAUGUUCCCGAUGCCCCGCGUGCUGUUCGCCAUGGCCAGAGACGGCCUGCUUUUCAAAUCGCUCAGCAAAGUCAGCUCCAGGGGGAGUCCUGCCAUAGCCACGGUGUCAUCUGGAAUCGUGGCAGCCAUCAUGGCUCUGCUCUUUGAUCUGAAGGCGUUGGUGGACAUGAUGUCCAUUGGAACCUUGUUUGCUUACACACUUGUGGCCAUAUGCAUUCUAAUACUGAGGUACCAAGAGGGUGACUCUGAAGACACAGACCUGAAGAUCAGAGAAUCAAACUCCAAAUAUGGCUGCCUAAAGCCGCCAUCAUCCCCCACUACAGAAACCUCAAGAACAGUCACAAGCCUGAUGAUAUUUUGUAUUGUGUGUGUGAUCGGCCUCAGCGUCCUCCUGACCCAGGCUAUAAAUGCUGUCUCCCAGAAGGAAGUGUGGAGUCUGGUGUGCGUCUCCAUUUUAGCCUUUCUCCUGGUGGUCUCCGUUUUCUUUAUCUGGAGGCACCCACAGAACGCCACCAGGGCGACUUUCAUGGUGCCCUUACUUCCUGUCCUGCCUGUAAUGAGCGUGUUCAUCAAUGUCUACCUGAUGGUCCAGUUGGGAGCAGACACAUGGCUACGAUACGCCAUCUGGAUGUUAGUGGGGUUCAUCAUCUAUUUUGGCUAUGGGAUCCGUUUCAGUGUUCAAAAGCAGCGUCUCCUAUCUGGACAAGAGACGAUUGAAACUGUCAGUGGCCAAACGGACAAAGAAGUCAUCAAAGAGGAGAAAUUUUGAGUUUUUGGUGGAGUUUUUGGUUACAGCGAGCGUACACUGUAAAUGUGUACCUGCUGUUCCGCCUGGACUUGGUGUCGAACUGCCUCCGCUGUCUGAGAGUGUCGGUGUGACAGCUAUAAUGCACUUACUUGACAAGUGGACAGAUGGGUCAGUUUUUAAUCCACACUGCCACUGUAUUUAAUGGUAAUACCGUUUGUGUCCCUUCUCUGGUGUUUGCAGUGAGAAACCGCCUUGUUAAACUGUUAUUUCAUUUUUUUUUAUGUGUAAUGUAAGUUCAAAGUGUGAAGUAAAGAACAGGGAACGAAGAUGUUUUUCAAAACAAAGCAGGAACAUGUGUAAAAAGGGCUCGAGCACUUUGGUAUGAAUCAUUUCAUUACAGUUUGAUACAAAAGUUUACAUUUUUCAUAACCAAUGUAAAAAAAAUAUCCAAACCUAGUCAUGAUUUAUGAGUGAAAUUAAAUAGUUUUUACAUAUCAAAACACAGAGGUACACUUGUAUCAUAUUUACAUAUAAUGUAGAAACAGAGCGCCUUUUAUUA